AUGUUUCAAAUAUUCUGCCUGCUUAUCUAUGCACAACUCGGCGCUAGCUUGCUGGAUAGAAGUAAGCGCAGCCCCUCCGGCUUCGGACUGGCCUAUCUUCAACGCGAAUUUGAAGACGAGGAGGAUUACCAUGAUUCGAGCGGCCGAAGCGCUAUGCUUGAUGGGAAUAUUCGCCGGGAUGAGGUUCUGAGCGACGCGCGCUGCCUAGAGCGCUGCAACAACCAGCUCAAUUUUGGAAUGGACAUGGUCAACGUAGGUGUCGUCGGGGCCCAGGAUCUGGACCUGUUCUGCCGGCUUGAUAGGCAACACUCGCGCUGUGUCGACGAGUGCGGUUACUCGGUGCAGUUCAACCUUCGCGAAUAUAUUUGCCGACAACGGAUCGGCGAGAUGAAGAAGCAUCUCGCGUGCUAUGCGGCGACGGCGCCACUGCUGACGCGUCACUGUCGACCACGUUGCGGAGGCUACUCCUCUUUGAAACAUACACUCGAUGGAUAUGCGACAAGGUGCCGCCAGCUUCUGUGCGACCAUGUUUGCACCGACUUCUUGCUCAAGAAAGUUUGCGGCCCGCAAACCGGCAGCAACUCCUCGAGAUUUUUGCUGGACUUUACGAAACUGCAGGUCGAAUACUGGAUCCGAGAUUAUGCAACGCAAAACAGCCAGCAAGUUACACAAGUCUACCCAGCCUCCUGCGCCAAAAUACAGUGCAGCCGCGACGCGACGCCGACGAGGCCAUCACUUCCCCACUCG